AUGAUGCCUACAUAUGGUGUGGGAGGGAGUGCUGGUGGCAGGGGAGGGGGGAUGGGAGGAGGGGGAGCAGGGGGGAGAGGGUUAAGGGGAGAGGGAGGCGGAGGAGUGGUCCCAAACUUUGGUGAGUGGCGUGAUGAUGGUGAUGAUGAUGAAGUCGUGUUCUACCGCAACAUGGCCCACCAUCGCCUGGAGUUGGAACGAGCCCGCCGCAGAGCUGCUGCUGCUGCUGCCGCCGCUGCUGCUGGCGCUGCUGGUGGUGCUGGUGGUGUUGGUGCUGGUGGUGCUGGCGCUACAGCCGCUUUUCCACUCCAUGCCCCUCUCGCUCAUUUCUCUUCAUGCCUCCCUCUUCCCCCUUCCCCCCACCUCCAUGCGUCCCAUGCAUCAACCAUCUCUAUGUGUUGGAUGUUUCCUCUACGUUGGAUGUUUCCAAUCGCCAUCCCCGCUCCAUGUGUCCCGUGUGCCAUCAGAGCGGACGAGCUGGGAGUGGAUUUGGAGGAGCUCUUGCUCAUGGAGGCCAUCUGGCUCUCGCUGCAGGUACGCCUUGCUUCCUCUGCCGCUCUCUGUCCAGAUGCUACCUGCUGUGGGGCUCUGCUUUUCUUGCCUUUCUUGGGAGUGGAUUUGGAAGAGCAGCUGUUGUUCAUGGCGUCCAUUUGUCUCUCCCUCCCCACUUGCCCCUUUCCCCUCGACCCGGCAUCAGGAUCAAGACGAGGCAGCUCCCCGCACAUCAGAUUCAUCUUCAACACCAGCGAUUACUGGGGCCCUUCACGGGCAUCUGCAGCAGCAGCAGCUCAGCAGCAGGAGGGGAUGCAGCGACAGCAGGACAAUUCGCAUGAUGAGGAGGUGAUUGAGAGCUUUCUCAUGCGAGGGAUUGGUGGUGGUGGGGAGGGUGGCUUGGGGGAUGGCAGCGAGAGCACUACUCGUGCUGCUGUUGGUGCAGCUGGUGGUGGUGGUGGUGAAGCGGGUGCAGCGGGGGAGCAAGGAGGGGUGCCGCUGGUUGUUCCCGAUGAUUUUGAAGGGCAAAUGCGCCUUGCGUUGGCACUUUCCCUUCUGGAAGCUGAACAGGCAGCUGCUGCAAGCAGGGGGGAGUAG